GGUUGGAGCUCCUCGGGAAAAGGCCUUUCCAGCUCAGCAAGCCAACAGAACUGGAGGGCUGUACAGCUGUGACAUUGCAUCUCCAAAUACAAAUUGUAUACGUGUCAGAUUUGAUGAGGACACUGACCCGAAGACGGAGAGUAAAGAAGACCAAUGGAUGGGUGUAACUGUCCAAAGUCAGGGGCCAGGAGGAAAUGUGGUGACGUGUGCACAUCGCUAUGAGAAGAGGCAGUAUGUGAACACAGUGCAGGAAACCCGGGAUAUCAUUGGAAGGUGCUAUGUGCUGAGCCAGGACCUCACUAUUAAGGAUGAUAUGGAUAAUGGAGUAUGGAGUUUUUGUGAUGGUCGUUUAAGAGGCCAUGAGAAGUUUGGUUCCUGUCAGCAAGGUGUUGCUGCUACUUUUACUAGAGACUAUCAUUAUAUUGUGUUUGGUGCCCCAGGCACUUACAACUGGAAAGGGGUGGUUCGUGCAGAGCAAAAGAAUCAGACAUUUUAUGAUCUGGGUAUCUUUGAUGAUGGGCCUUACGAAGUUGGUGAUGAGAGCCGCCAGGAUAAGAAUCUAGUUCCUGUUCCAGCUAACAGUUACUUAGGUUUCUCUUUGGACUCUGGUAAAGGAAUUGUCUCCCAAGAUGAGAUGACUUUUGUGUCUGGUGCCCCAAGAGCGAACCACAGCGGAGCAGUUGUUUUACUGAAAAAGGAAAAAAAUCAGAGAGCACUUUCCCUGGAGCACAUGUUUGAAGGAGAAGGACUGGCCUCCUCUUUUGGCUAUGAUGUUGCUGUUGUGGACCUCAACAGUGAUGGGUGGCAGGACAUCGUUGUUGGGGCCCCGCAGUACUUUGACAGGAGUGGGGACAUCGGGGGUGCCGUGUACAUCUACAUGAACCGCCAAGGCAAAUGGUCGGGGGUGAAGCCUCUUCGCUUAAACGGAACCACUGACUCCAUGUUUGGACUUGCAGUUGAAAACGUUGGGGACAUUAAUCAGGACGGAUAUCCAGAUAUUGCAGUAGGGGCUCCAUAUGAUGGUUUUGGCAAAGUAUACAUUUAUCAUGGAUCCAAGAACGGAAUAAAUACAAAACCAGCACAGAUUCUUGAUGGUGAAAAAACAAACACCAAUUUCUUUGGUUACUCUAUUGCUGGAAAUAUGGACCUGGAUAAAAAUUCUUACCCUGAUGUUGCUGUUGGUUCCCUGUCAGAUUCUGUAAACGUGUACAGAUCUCGGCCUGUGAUAAGCAUUAGAAGAAACAUUACAGUUCACCCUGAUAGAAUUGAUCUAAAGAAAAAAAACCCUGAGGACCAUGGUGAAAUUAGGAUGGAUGUGAAAGCAUGUUUUCAAUAUACUGCAAACCCCAGAGAUUUAAAUCCAAGAAUAAAGAUCAAUUACACGUUUGAAGUGGAGAACGAGAGGCGGCAGCUGGGCCUGCCCUCCAGGGUGCGCUUCAGUGACCACUCCUCUGAUCAGUUCACUGCAAGCACAACCCUCAGGGGACAGAACUCAUGGCAGUGUGUGACUACAAAGCUUAUCCUGCAGGAAAAAAUUAAAGAUAAGCUACGUCCCAUUCCAAUAUCAGUCAGUGUUAAAAUUGCUGGCCUGGAGUCACCGUCCAAGAGAAAAGAGAGUGCGCUUCCUGAUCUUAUACCAAUUCUAAAUUCAAAUGAAUCUGAAACAGAGACCACAAAAGUGGAGUUCUUAAAAGAAGGAUGUGGAGACGACAAUGAAUGUCACAGCAAUCUUAAGCUUCAGUACCGGUUUUGUACAAGAGAGGGAAAUGAAGACAGGUUUACUUAUUUACCACUUGAAAAUGGCAUGCCAGUGCUUGUUCUGAAAGACCAAAAAGAUAUUGCCCUGGAAAUAACAGUGACAAACAAUCCAUCUGAUGUAAAAAAUCCACAAAAAGAUGGUGAAGAUGCAUAUGAAGCUAAACUAAUUGCAACUUUUCCAGACAGUCUGACAUACUCUGCAUUCAGAGAGAUGAGGGCUUAUCCUGAAAAACAGCUAACGUGUGGUGCUAACCAAAAUGGUUCUCAAGCAGAGUGUGAACUUGGAAAUCCUUUCAAAAGAAAUUCUAAUGUAACCUUUUAUCUGAUCUUAAGUACCACUAAAGUUAAUGUUGAUACAACAGACUUAGAUAUUAACUUGAAGCUAGAAACAACAAGCACUCAAGUUAAUUUGACUCCAAUUACAGCCAGUGCGAAAGUGGUUCUUGAAUUGCUUUUAUCACUCACUGGAGUUGCUAAGCCUUCUCAGGUAUAUUUUGGAGGUAACAUCAUUGGUGAGAGUGCUAUGAAAUCUGAAGAUGAUAUUGGAAACCUCAUAGAGUUUGAAUUCAGAGUAACUAACUUGGGCAGACCACUGAAAACAUUUGGCACUGCUUCCCUGGACAUUCAGUGGCCGAAAGAAAUUAGUAAUGGCAAAUGGCUGCUUUAUUUGAUGAAAACAGACUCCAAAGGCUUGGAAAAAGUGUCCUGUCAACCCGAGAAUGAAAUCAACAGUUUGCAUCUUGCGGAAUCCCAUAACUCAAGAAGGAAGCGUGAAGUUGCAGAGAAGCAGAUUACAGACAGCCAGGCAUUUUCUUUAUUCUCAGAAAGAAAAUACAAGACCUUGAGCUGCAGUGUGAAUGCACGCUGUGUGGACAUAAAGUGUCCCCUGAAGGGUUUAGACAGCAAGGCAUCUAUCGUGCUGCGUUCCAGACUGUGGAACAGUACCUUCUUGGAGGAAUACUCAAAAAUGAAUUACCUUGACAUUCUUGUUAGGGCUUCUAUCAAUGUUCCUGUUGCAGCUAAGAAUGUUAAACUCACAAAUGAAGUUGCUCAGGUGCGUGUAACUGUAUUUCCUGAAAAACCAGUAGCCCUUUACACAGGAGUUCCGUGGUGGAUCAUCGCGGUGGCUAUCCUUGCUGGAAUACUCAUGCUUGCACUGUUGGUAUUCUUACUAUGGAAGUGCGGGUUCUUCCGGCGUUCCAGGUACGAAGACAGUGUCCCCCGCUAUCACGCUGUGAGAAUUCGAAAAGAGGAGCGACAGAUCAAAGAUGGGAAGAGCCAAGACCCUGAGACAAAACAGUGGCUCACCAAAUGGAAUGAAAAUGAAAGUUAUUCUUAGGCAAAAAUGUUUUUUAUGCACAAAGUUCAGAGAGAGGUUAAGGUUUUCAUUCAUGGAAUACUGAUGGAGUUAGACCUGUGAACACUAAGGACAUUCACCAUUUGAUGGUAGAUAUUACUACUUAUACUGAGGCUUUUAUUUGCACAGUUAAAAUGGGCUUCAACAGACUUUAUUUGCCUUAUUUAAUUUCCACACUGCCUCUUCAUCCCCCUUAAAUCUAACCCACACUUUAGAAAAUGUUAUGGUGAUUUGGGGUCUUUUCUGCAAAAUAAGCAAAACCACUACAGCAGUUUUGAUCCUGCUGUGAUCCUAUCUUCCUAGUUAUUUAAGGAAUGCAUGAUUAAGGUCAAGAUGAGUUCUCCAUGUUCCCUCAAUGCACAGUGCUUUAUAAACACACAGUGGCCUUAUCACACUUUGUUCAAGUAUAACUGAAGACGUGCAAGUCUGCUUUAGUCAUAACCUUUGCCUGCUGCAGUAGUUAGGGCUUAACAAAAAGCAUCAUCAUAAAUUACAUGUGCAAUGGGUCAUGUUGUUUGAUUUUGGGUCCUUUUUUUAAAAUCAGAUAGUGCGAUUCUUGCUCACAACAAAUAUACACAGGUGUUUUUUUAAGAGAGGCUUGAAUAUUAGAUGUACUUUCUGUAUAUAUAUAUUUUAGUCAUUUUUGUAUUUAUUUUUAUUAUAUUGUCUUUGACUAACUGGUCGGCCAAAGACUACUGAAUUUUUAAAUCCACAUUCUGCUUUUGUGUUUCUGUUUUUGAACUUCAAAUUAUGAGACCUGAGGCUUUCACUGCAUUUUAAUGAAUCACUGAAGGUGCCAGUGCUUUCUAAAAUGUAAAUAUUAAUGCAAAUGAUGUGUAUGGGUGCUUUCUUUUCCUGAUGCUUGCAACAUCAGGUCCUGUAACAUGAUUUGUAUAUUACUGUGGACUGUUUAACAAUUUGGACACCAAGCUGAAGUAGUGUUGUAGAUACCAUUUUAUACUCACUGCAAGAAAGUGAAAAGUCUUUUGGAAACCUCUUUGCAGCUUCAUAAAGACUUGCUGGUUGGCAGAAGGCAUUGACUACUGCAACUGCUGUAUAGCACUUGAAGGAGGCUGUAGAUGCCUUACUUACCUUAAC